AUGUACUUCUUUUUGCCGGAUGCCGUGGAUGGACUGCCAUCUUUGCUGGAUAAAUUUGAAGCUUCAAGAUUUCUGACGGAGCUUGGGAUGGUGGUGUCGUUCACCCCCACGGGUGGCACUCUCAUUGAGAUGGUGGAUUCACCGGAGAGUUUCGAUCUCUAUGUUUCAAAAAUCCUGCAGAGAUCAUUUAUUGAGGUUAAUGAGGGAGGAACAGAAGCCGCAGCUGUUUCAUUUACAGUGCUCGCGGCUGGGGCAGGUUGCAUGGUAAAGAAAGAAGAUAAAACAGACUUUGUGGCUGACCAUCCCUUUCUGUUUGCCAUUCGAGAAGAAUUUAGUGGUGUCAUUCUCUUCCUUGGGACUUUGCUUCAUCCUCAUUAUAAAUAA